AUGGCUUCCGAAAUGCUGGCCACGACGGAACCCAAGUUCGAGCACUUCAACAGACUUCCAGCCGAGCUGCGCCAGAUGAUCUGGCUCUACGCCCUCGAUGAGGCAGGUAAUAUGGUAACAUGCCUUCCUGCCGCCGACCCCAACCUAUACCAGCGCAAGAAUCCCGCCGCAUCAGCAGUCAACCGCGAGAGCAGAGCAGCCUUCCUCCGAGUGUACGAGCCCAUUCACGAUACUUCCAACUUGGUUCCCGAGCACGCUCCCGCCUGCGCCUAUCUGAACCCACGCAUCGACAGCCUCUUGCUUGGCGACUACGGUGUCCCAGGUUUAACAGGUUACGCGCCGGUGUGCCCUCCGAGACUGAGCGAGCCGCACGCCAAGAUGAUACGCGAGGUCCGUCUACAGCAGCGCGAUCUGAAAGUGUUCUCAAUCAACAGGGGCGUCGGGGCCUGGACGCAAAUAGCUUGCACACUGCACACAGGGCCCGCGGGUCUGGUUCACGAAUGCCAUCUUCGUGUUGCGGAUCUGAUUUACCCGAACCUGGACACCAUCUGGAUCACGAGCAGCUACAGCCGCAUCUUCUUUCCUCAGAAUUACCCUGGCUGGAACCGAGGGCUGACGUUUCGGUACUGCGUACGCUCUGGCGAAGUCUACGUGCAGCGGAUCAGGCAGGAGGACUACGAAGAGGGCCUGCGCGUCUACAGAACACCACAAGAUCCUGCGCUUUUGUCAGUUGUCCGCGUCGACAUCGUUCGAGACGGAGGCUUCGGUGGAGGUGGCGAGGGAUGGCAUCGGAUUAAUGUGAUUGGGCGCUAUCACGACUUGAACGCGGUUUGGGAGUUCAUUGUUCAUUACAUCGAUUGUCGACUAAGUCACCUGGCGUGA